AUGGUUUCGCUUACCUCGCUUAAACCUGUUUUUGGAAACUCGCGUGGCUUUGUCACGAGCUUUCGAGCGCCGACUCGAUUGCCGCUGCAGCGCACUACUCAACACCCUAUUACUCAAAAACUGGAGAACAGGGAGACAGAAAAUUGGGAAUGGGAAACAGGGAGAAUGGGAGAUGGGAGAAUGGGAGAGACUCAAAAACUGGAGAACGGGAGAUGGGAGGACAGGAGACGGGAGACGGGAGACGGGAGACGGGAGACGGGAGACGAGAGACGGGAGACGGGAGACGGGAGAUGGGAGACGGGAGACGGGAGACGGGAGACAGGAGACAGGAGACGGGAGGAUGUAAAAGACAAUUGGGAGAUGGCUCAGCACCUUAAGAGGGCCUUACAAGGCAUUUUAAUGGGCCAUUCUGAGGCACAGCGAGGCAAAACUCAACAUAAGGUCAUCAAAAGGGCCCUUAUAAGUGCCUUUUAA